AUCUCCGACGAGAUCCAUCGUCGUCUCCGUUGAGUUCCAUCGUCACUCUCUCUCACGCAUAUAUCGAUAAGCAAUUACGAGAAUCACGAUUCAAAACCUCAAAGAUGUUGGCUCCUCUCCACGAUUCACACUGGAGAGCUUUGUGUUUGGAGCCAGACAAAAACAAACAGUGCAACCUGGCCAUCUGCUUGAUGCGUAUGGGUCGAAUCCAAGAAGCUAAAUCUCUGAUUGAUGCUGUGAGAGAUUCUUCUGCAGAGAUUGAGUUCGGAGAUGAACCGUUCACGAAGUCUUACGACAGAGCCGUUGAGAUGUUAGCAGAAGUGGAAUCUAAAGAUCCAGAAGAUGGUCUUUCGGAUAAGUUCUAUGCGGGAUGUUCAUUUGCAAACGGAACAAUGAAGGAAAACAAAGCUCCUCGAAACGCAAACAGGAACCACUCGCAUGUUCCUCCUUCUCCAGAAUCUGUUAGACAAACGUGAGAGAGGCUCUGUUGGUCCUAGGAUGGAUGAAACUGGCCCUUAUCUUCCCACUGAGAAGGU